UCGAACUGUCAAGCAUCGCUGUUCUCACAUUUUACGCAGGAACAAAAAAAACAGCUCACAAACGGCGUGAACAUAAUCCUUCCAAAUAAAGGAAUCCCAUCCCGUAUCCUGGUUGGCCAGUGGUGAAAAGGCGAAUAUAUCCAUUUUCCUGCUGCCUACGAUCCGGCUUACUUACAACACCUGUACGAUGGCAACACAAACCGCUACGGUCGCGACCGGCAGCACUAGCGGCAAACCGCAAGAGAAAAAAAGUCAGGAAAAAAUUGCUGCCGAAUUUCAGCAGCUGCGGAAUCAGCAACUAAAUUUGGUCAAUAAUUUAAACGCGAUCGAGAUGGAUCUUAAAGAGCACAAAACUGUCAUCGACACACUGAAGGUGGUGGAACCUAGUCGAAAAUGUUUCCGAUUAGUUGGUGGCGUCCUGGUGGAACAAACCGUUGAGGUUGUGCUACCACAGCUGGAGCUGAACAAAACCCAGCUGGAGAAGCUGAUCGAGGAAGGCAAGGAACAAAUCACGAAGAAAGGCAUCGAGAUUAAUCAGUACAAGGAUGAGCAUAAUAUCAAAGUGCGGGGACAGGAACCGACACCACCGGCAGCCAGCGAGAAGGAAAACGCCGCCGAUGACAAAUCGAGCGGCAAUCGAAACGUGCUGGUGGGCAACCUAUAGAAAGGUUGCGACAGUUUUGUGUGUUUUCCCGACUAGCUUUUGUUUUCCUUGUUUCCCGCUUCUCGUUGUAUUGUCGUCUCCGAUGUGCCGCUUUGUCGGGUGGAGCAGGUUCUUCCCGAUUGUGGCGUUUUAAAGACGAAUCAACUAUAAAUGAUCAUUAAGAAGAGGAGUACCAUAACACACCCUUCCCCAAAAAGGCCUUGACUUAUGAUCGAAUUGUGGUGGCUACACGGACUCUAGAUGCGGAAUUGAAGCUUCCCACUCAACAUAACACAUCAUUUAAAUCCAUCGCUCCAAUACACCAUUCACCUGCGCACAGUUGCUCUUACGCAAACAAAAUGAAGAAACUCUGUAAGGUCUCGUUCUGGAUUGUUAAUUUAAAGAGUAAGAACCGAUAGAACGAAGAUAUGAAGCAAAGAAAAAAACAGACGAAAUAAGAUGCAAUAACAUACACAA